CUUUGCUGGCUUCAAGCUCUCCAUUGUUGGUCUUUUAUGGAGCUUGUCUGCCUUCCACACAGAGAGCAACACAAAGAAAGGAAGAAAUUAAAGCAACAAAGAAAGAGGGGUUUUCACUUCCCUAACCUUUCCUUUUCCAUCCACACCUUUUCGUUUCAAUAUCUGAUAAUCCAAACCAAAUCCGCUUCUGUUUCAUCGCUAAUUUCCAUGGAUCCACAGAUCUAAGCCUUUCAGGCCCAUUCGAUCAUCUCCAGUUCAUUUAUGGGAGCUUCCAUUGACGUGUUAAUUGCUAUGUGGAGAUUUUGGAGGGUUGUUUGGUUGAGAUGAGGGAUGUUCUCAGAGUUGAUGAACUUUCUGAGAGCUUGUUUUCGACCGAGGUCGAACCGACAUGUCCACAAAGGUUCAGAUGCUGGUGGGCGACAGGAUGGUCUCCUAUGGUACAAGGAUAGUGGACAGCAUGCCAAUGGUGAGUUUUCAAUGGCUGUAGUUCAAGCUAACAAUUUACUUGAAGAUCAAAGCCAGAUAGAGUCAGGCAAUUUGAGCUUGCACGAGUCUGGGCCAUAUGGUACCUUUGUUGGAGUGUAUGAUGGGCAUGGAGGGCCCGAGACGUCGCGCUAUGUUAACGAUCAUCUUUUCCAGCAUCUUAAAAGGUUUACUUCAGAGCAACAAUCCAUGUCAGUGGAUGUCAUAAGAAAGGCCUUUCAAGCUACAGAAGACGGGGUCGUUGCUCAAGUUUCGAAACAAUGGUCGAUGAGGCCACAAAUUGCAGCUGUUGGAUCUUGCUGCCUUGUUGGUGUAAUUUGUGGUGGAACCCUUUACAUUGCUAACCUUGGCGAUUCACGAGCUGUUUUAGGGCGAGUCGUGAAAGCAACAGGGGAAGUUUUGUCCGUUCAGUUGUCAGCCGAGCAUAAUGCAUCUAUAGAGUCUGUUCGGCACGAGCUACGUGCUCUGCAUCCUGAUGACCCCCAGAUUGUAGUUUUGAAGCAUAAUGUAUGGCGCGUGAAGGGCCUUAUACAGGUUUCUCGAUCGAUUGGCGAUGUCUAUUUGAAGAAAGCUGAAUUCAACCGAGAGCCUCUUUAUGCCAAGUUUCGCCUUCGUGAACCGAUCACAAAGCCGAUAUUGAGUGCCGAACCAUCUAUUUCCCUGCUCCAGUUACAGCCACAGGAUCAAUUUAUCAUAUUUGCUUCAGAUGGGCUCUGGGAACACCUUAGCAACCAGGAAGCUGUGGAUAUUGUCCAAAACCAUCCACGUAGGGGAAGUGCAAGGAGGCUAGUGAAAGCAGCACUGCUAGAGGCAGCAAAGAAGAGAGAAAUGAGAUACUCUGACUUGAAGAAGAUCGACCGUGGCGUACGGCGACAUUUCCACGAUGACAUUACAGUGAUUGUUGUGUUUCUCGACUCAAACCUCGUGAGCCGAGGUAGCUCUACAAAAUGUGCAAGCCUAUCCAUACGAGGGGGCGGAGUUAACUUGCGUCCAAACUCAUUGGCCCCUUGCACCACGCCAUCAGACCACAGCAUGACCUGAUUACAGGGCUAUAUAUCAACUCAUGUGAAUACCAGGUUAGCUUCCAACAGAGAUAAAAAGUGGAGCCAGGCAUAUAUCAAUCUUUUUUACCAUACACUGUAACUGUUAACUCAAGAAGAUUGUAGCUAAUUCCAUGGCAUAUUUCUUAUCAUUCCCAUGAUUUUUUUUUUCCCUUCUUUUUUACCCAUUUGCUCACUGCUUAGGUCUUGUAAAUUGUAUGUAUGAUGACUAUGGCGAUUCAGUUUUGGUUGUUUACUGAACUGCCUAAUCUGCCAUAACAUCUGCACUUUCUUAUUCAAUAGAAUGAAUGAUUGAUUGAUUGUCA